UGUCUAUCUUAGUGGUUGCUGAGUCAUCGUGACUGCACGACAGACUUUUACCAUAUCUAUUGGAACAUAACGUGUGAUAAGGUACUGUGAGGUGGGCAGACGCAUACUUACCUCCUCAAUUUCCCAGUGUGGUUGUUCCUUGAUUGCCGCCAAUAAGAUGAGAUGGUGGGUAGCUGUGGUCGGCCUGCUGGCAGCUAUGCAGGUGAUAGAGGCCAGCAAGGUGCUCGUAUUGACUCCCAUAUCCUCCAAGAGUCACAAAAACUUUUAUAUGGGUAUCAUCAAUGCUCUGGCAGCCAGAGGUCACCAGAUCACAAUUUUAACACCUUACAAGGCAUCGAAGGUACACCAGAAUGUCCAGGAAGUUGUGCUACCACAGAUGGAACUCACCAACUUCAUACCAAACUUAUUUACUAGUGGCAAGUUUUCAGGCCCCUUCCAGUUAUCACUUAAAGCACCCCAGAUGUGUAAUGAUGCUUUGGCUGAUCCAAAAACUCAGAACCUGCUGAAAGAGAAGUAUGACUUGAUCAUGCUUGGCAUGUUCUUCUCUGACUGCUUGUUAUCCAUCGUUCAUCAAAUGAAAGUUCCUUAUGUCUAUCUGUGUCCAGCUGCACUUCAUGGACCCAUGGCACAAAUGGCAGGAAGUGUCACAUUUUCAUCAUUUGCCCAUAAUGCACUCUUCUACUACAAGCACCCAUACAGCUUCCUGGAGCGCAUGGUGCUUUCCCUCACAGAUGUUGCUUCAAAUACCAUAUUUGUUAAAUAUGUAACUAAUAUUAUAGAAAAAGAGUGCCGUCAACGAGGGUUAUGUCCUGAAGAUAUGCCAGCUUUCCCAGAAAUGCACCUAAACUCCAGCCUUACAUUGAUAAACAGUAUCAAAACAUUGGAAAUGCCUGCCCAGCCAUCUGUACCUACUACAGUGUAUUGUGGAGGAAUCCAUUGCCACCCAUCAAGUCCACUUCCUAAGGACCUGGAGGACUGGGUGGCAAGUUCUGGAGAGGAUGGGUUCAUCUUCUUCAGCUUGGGCUCAGCUGUAACCCCCUCCUCCAUGCCAGAAGAGUAUCGAAAAAUUUUAGUGCAAGUGUUUGGAUCACUUAAGCAGCAUGUCUUGUGGAAGUGGGACAAAGACACCAUGGAAGAUCUUCCCCCCAAUGUGCGCCUUGGAAAGUGGCUCCCACAACAGGAUAUACUUGGUCACCCUAAACUGAAGUUGUUCAUUACACACGGAGGAUUACUGAGCACCCUUGAGUCCAUGUAUCACGGUGUGCCUGUUUUGGGCAUGCCUGUGUUUGCAGACCAGCAUUCAAACAUGUUUGAAGUGGAAAAGAAUGGAUGGGGAAAAGUUCUCCUCUGGGAGGAAUUAACUCCUGAAGCACUAACAGAGAAAAUAUUUGAAGUCAUGAAUGAUAAAAGCCUGAAGGAAGAGGCACAGCGAAGAUCAUUGGUUAUGAUGGACCAAGCUCAGAGACCUGAAGACGUUGCCGUGUACUGGUUGGAGUAUGUAAUUCGUCACCACGGAGCACCACACCUUGUUAGCCCUGUUCGAUCAAUGCCAUGGUAUCAGCUGUACAAUGUAGAUGUCUGGAUCACUGUUGUGGUGGCACUGCUGCUCUUCUUUUAUGUGUCCUUUCAAAUUCUCCGUUUCCUGUGUCACUUGCUGUUUUGUAGCAAAAAUAGAAAGCAGAAAUCUGACUAAAACUAACCAGCAUUAUCAAAUGUUUUACUUGUAAAUAUGUUUGAAGAGGUUAAUGAAUGAUUCUGAACAACUAAUUUACUGAACUAUUAAUUUAAUGCAGUGGAAGUGGAUGUAUGCAGCAACAUGUGUACUAUAUACCCAUAAUGUUAUAUUUCUGAUAGUGAUAAAACAUUGUUUCCCUAAUCACAGAAUUUUUUAACUACUACUAUUACCACUACUACUACUACUACUACUACUAUUAAUGAACAUAUAAUAUAUGACUUACCUUAAAUGAAGGAGGUUCUUUAUAAAA